GAGGUUAGUGACCAACUUUGUCCGUUCUUCUGAGGUUGUUCUUAUCUUAUUCUGCCUACACGCCGUAUAACAGCAGGUCCCAAUGAUGCCGGAUUUGUGAUGGAGGACCUAAGAACAUAAGAACAAAAGAAGGAAGGAACACUGAAACAGGCCUACUGACCCAUGUGGAGCUGGUCCUUGUCCCCUCCCCCCCUCCCGGAUUAGACCAAUGACCCACCCAGCCUGGUCAUCUCUGCUCAAGGAUGGAGCACUGCACCAGACCCAGCAGCACAAGCUAGUCAGGUCCUACUCACACCCACCCACACCCACUCGUGUAUUUGGUGAGAAUACUUGCUUCCCACCACCUGAAGCAGAUACUGAAACUUAUAUAUCAGUAUAAUAAGGAGGAAAUAAUGCAGCCUAAGAUGAUAUUGCACUACUGAAGUUAGUAAUUUCAUGAACUUCUGCAAAUGUGUUGUGUUGGUGAUGACUUGACAUCUUUGAUUAAUGUUUGAAUCCUAGAAUGGUAUGAAAAAAAAGCUACAUCAACAAAGUUCACUACUUAGUGGCUGUAAGUAUAUCAGUAAGAGCACUGAGCUUAACCUGUGAAUACUGACAAGGUCAUGGAUGAAUACAAGAAAAAGAAAUCUAAAAGACACUCUUGUGAAUUUUCAGACAGUGAGCAGCAAUAUAGCACUAAAGUAGAAAAUGUAGAAGGAAGGUUAAAAAAGAAAAAAAAGAAACAUAAGGAUAAUCAGGUGGAUGAGGAAAAAAAUGACAAUAAAGAUUGCAAUAGCUAUGCUGCUAAGAAUGAAUUAAAGUGUGUGGAGGAAGUGUCACAAUUGUAUCACAAUGAGCCAGUGUCAGACUGUAUAGAAAGUAACAAUACUUUUAAUGAAAAGAAAAGAAAAAAACAUAAAAGAAAAAAAUCCAUACAUUGUGACACUCAAGAACAUAAUGGUGACAUAGAUGUUGAAACUGGUUUAUGUAAGAGUAGAUCAAAGAAGCGCAAAUUGGAUCAUUACUUAUCACCCGACAGUAAACUGUGUGAGUCAGUGAAUGAGACAGCUGGUAAUGUUAUGAAAGACUGUAACUGCUCAUCAGAACAAAGUAAAAAGAAAAAGGAAGCUGGUUAUUCUGGAAAAGAACGUUAUUUAAAUGAAUUCGUUGGUGAUAGCAUUUACAAAAAAAAGAAUAGAAAAAAUAAGCACAUUCCUUUCCCAGUUACAACUUGUGAAGGGAAUAGCAAUUUGAACAAGACAAAUGAGUUGAAAGAUGGUCAUCAUUUAACAUUUUCUGAAAUAGAUAAAGAGGAUUUAACAGUAUUUGAUGAAUAUUCAACUAAAAAUAGGAGUAAGUUCUUUAAUAAGAAUAACCUAUCCAAUAGGGAUACGAAUUCUGAUACUAGCAAUGUACCGUGUGCAGUGAAAGAUCAAGAAAAGAGUUCAAGUCACUGUGAUAGAAAUGACAUGUGGCUUUCUGAACAUUAUGACCUUAUGUCUGUGGACAGUUUUGACUAUACUGAUGAUGACUAUGCUGUGCCAUAUUGUUCAAAAAGAAGGAAGGCUGAGGUAAAAAAAAAUGAAAAAUUAUUUGAAAAUAAACAUAAUUUACCACUUGAAGAUGAACUUGGUGAGAGUGAAGAAAGUGACAGUACAGAUAAUGUUAUUGCUCCUUUAUAUGAUGCAUCAUAUGAUAAUGUGGAAGGGAAUCCUAAUUCUAGUUUAAAAAAAAAACGUUUGCCUGGUUUUAAAAGUGACUCCUGUUAUCCGACUUUAGAAAAAAUGCUAUACAAGCUUCCAGAAGGAGAGGGGAUUCCUUCUGAAGAAAUUGAAGAAGUUCCUGAAAAAUAUCAACACUGGAAGAAAUUCCGGGAAAAACUUAAUGAUAAUGCUUUUACUGAGGAAGAGAUAGAACAAGAAAUAAUGGAUACUAUUAAGCACAUUCAUGACUAUUUUGCAAGGCUUGAGGCAGGCAGUCUCACAGAGAAGGAACUGGAGGAAGUGAAACCGAAGAACUUUCAUGGACCAUACUUUCCAACACCUAGACAUAUAAGGUUUUUUGAAAAUUUGAACAUCAAAAUUAAUUGGCCUCUGAAUGACCUUCAUGAGUUCUUUGUAACCAAUAAUUAUUAUGGAAAAACUGCAAGAAUGUUGAAGGACACGGAUAUCGAGUAUAUUACACUCCAUAGUUCCUAUGCAGAGGAUAUGCAGAUUCUGAAGAACUGGAAGAAAUUCCAAAAGGAAUAUGGAUUUUAUGAUAUACGUCCCCUAACUACAGUAAGAACAACAAGAAUAUUAAUUGAUAUCAAGGGCAACAUCACAUUCAGAAGAUUUCAAUACGUCAACACAGAAAACAGAAAACGACUUGGAUUAUACUUAGUACAAGGAUUACCCAAAAGAACACCAUUGUUUGGAUUGGGGAGGCUGUAUUCCUUUGCUUACCGUCUGGUAGACAACAAACUUCAGAGGGAGAAGACGUCCAUCACAGGAAGAAUGUUAGGAAAGAUGGUGUACAUGUUGGAAAGAUUUGGUGGCAACUAUCAUGCAAUUGAAUUGAUUGUUGGGAAAUAUACAUCACAACAUUUUUUUUCAUUCUUCCAAGUUCAUAUAUGGAUGAAGAAUAUCACAUGUAAGAACACUUUGUACUCAUAUAUGCUUGAAGGGGUUGAGUCCUAGCUCUUGGUCCUGCCCUUCAGCUUGCUUGAUUCACACCUUUGUAGUAUCAAGGGCCCUCUUUUACCUGCUCUUAAAGCUAUGUAUAAAUCCUGACUCUUCCACUUCAUUGAGAUGAUUCUACUUCCCAAUAAUUCUGAGACUGAAGAAAUAGUUCCUGACAUCCUUGUGACUCGUCUAUGUUAUUAGCUUCCAGCUCUGUCCCCAAGUGCUUGUUUCUUCCCUCUCUAGUAGCCUUCCCUGUCAUUUCUCAGAGUAUUUUCUAUGUUAUAUCUUCUUUCUUCUGCCCUCCAGUAUUGUUAGAUUCAGUUCUGUUAGCCUCUUCUUGUAGCUUGUAUCUCUUACCUAUGGAAAAGGCAGCUCAUUGCAUAUCUCGCUACUUUUUUUAUUAUGAUGUAUCAGGUGUGGAUUCUAUGCUGGUGCUGCCUUCUUGGUCACUAUCUUCACUUGUGCUGCAGAGGGAACAGUGUGGGAAAUGAGCGUGUGCAGCCAUAUAGUGCAUAUACUCCUUUGAACCAACAAAAAUGGAAUAUCAUUGAACACUAAAGAGGAAAAUAUGGAUUACAGUGUCAUAUGGAGAGUGCCGGUGGAGUAACAGUUACUGUGGAAAUAGACCUGACCAGCUCUAGCGAUUUAUUGCCAGAUGUCGACAGAAGUGGAAAUAAACAGAUAUUGAACUAUCUAUAAGUAAUAUAGUGAGUGACAAGGAUAUAUAUAUGUGCAGUGACAUAGUGAACUAAAUUGUAGAUAAGAGUAAUCUUAAUUAUCCCCCUGUAUAGUGUAAAAUGUAUGGUGUAGCAUAUGGGAAUAUCUUACAAGCGACUGGCACUAUUGAACAUGGAAGUGUAGGGGAAAGUUACCAUAGGCCUAGCUGCUGUGUGAAUAAUAAAACAACGAUCCCAGUAUAGUGCAGUGAAAAGAAAAGUGUAUCUUGAAUGAAUAUAGUGUAUAUCCUUGAGAUAACCAUGUACAGCAUAACAUCAAAGGAAAUAAAAAAAAAAAAAACAAUAGUGAAGUGUGGCAGUGUGGGUAAAUCUUGCCCUGGUGUUGACAUGUGACAAGUGAUACACAAAGGUUUGAGUUACCCAUAUAACGAAUAGACUAAGAUACCGAGAUGUGAUAGAAAGUCCUAGUGAACCUAAUUUGUCAGCGGAACAACACAAGGAUAGUGAUUAACAUAAUGGAAAUGGUUUAAGCUAAAAACAAAGAUGACCUCUUGGACAGCCUACCAAAAAUAUAUAAAACAUGGGAGAAAGAGAUAGGAGUGAACCAAAAAGUGCAGAAUGCCCAUACCACAACAGAUGACUUGAAACUAUCUAGGCACCCACUGAAAAAGCACAGGAAACAAAAACAUCAGUUAACCCAACCCCCCCCACAUAGUGCUAACCCAGACCCAUCCCCCAGUCAUAGCACUAAUGCCCACAGCAGUGGUGCUGUCUCGGUCUCAGCCCCCAGCCUUAUUGCCAGUCCAGACUACUGGGGACCCUACCACAGUCACCACUAAAACCUUAAAUACACAACCAUCAUUGCACAAGACCAUAGCUCACAUUACAGAUGUAGGGGAGGAGUCUCCUCCUCCUCCUUCUACUGAGGAAAAUAGAUGGAAUCCAGGAUGGGGUGGCCCUGGCUUGGAUACUGAGGAUUAUAGUGCAAUCCCAGAACCUGCAGAAAUUGGCAACACACCUCCCAACAAUUCUAUCCAACCGAAAGUGAAAUUGUGCAAAUACUAUGGGGCAUCUGCAAGCAUGGAAUAUCAGGAAAAAAAAUGGGACAUGCAACUUUGAGCAUCCCAAAAAAUGUAGUGACCUCCUCUCUAAAGGAGUGUGUCGUUCUUCUUCCUGUACUUACUUUCACCCAAAAAUGUGUUGCCCCUCGGUCCUCCAAAAGCAGUAUUACAACAUCAGCUGCCCUGCAUACCAUCUAAAAGGGACCAGGAGGCACAGACCCCACAAGACAAACAAU